AUGCGUGUUUCAUUAAUUGGGCAAAAAUGUACAUCGAUAUGUUGUUUUUGUAGUUUUUACAGAUACGCUGACAUACUGUAUGAUAUCAUCAAUGACGAAAACUAUGACAACCAGAUGCGACCUAGUGCGGGAGGUCCUCCCGUCAAUGUAUCAGUGUCGCUUUUCAUCACCAGUAUUCACUCGCUGUCGGAGAUAUCUAUGGACUUUGGCGCAACUCUGUUUUUAUCCUUAUAUUGGCUGGACCCUAGGUUUAUAUUUAAUGGCACCGAGCCGAUAGCGUUACGGUCAGGCUCUGAGUUAUUGGACAAACUAUGGACACCUGACUUGUAUUUUGUGAACGUCAAAGAAGGCCAGGUGCAUAAAGUAACUAUCAUAAAUAGGCACAUACGAGUCAGUCCUAAUGGAACCAUUUUAUAUGACAUGAGAGUAAGCGUGAUUCUUAUCUGCAAUCUGUACCUUCACCAUUAUCCGAUGGACAAACAGACAUGUAGAAUCGAAAUCGAAAGCUUUGGAUACACAACCAGUGACGUCAGAUUACUGUGGGAUAAGAAUUUUCCCGCAGACAUACAAGAAGAUCUCGUGAUGCCUGAAUUUUCUAUGUCGUAUCCAGCAGUAAACAGCACUGUUGUGCAUUAUCCUCAACUAGGGGAUUACGAUCAGCUAUAUUGUAGUUUCUCGCUACACCGAGAACUGAUCUAUUAUGUCUUGGAACACUACGUGCCGUCUACGUUGAUGGUUAUCGUAUCAUGGGUAUCAUUUUGGUUGAAUGUAGAAGCAACUCCGGCGCGUGCUGGUCUUGGGAUAACGACGGCUCUGACGCUAGCAACGCUCAGUUCGUCAGCUCGCGCGCAUAUGGCAAAAGUCUCUUACACGAAGGCAAUUGACAUAUGGAUGCUUGUGUGUUCCUUAUUUGUCUUCGCUGCCUUAGUGGAAUUUGCUCUUGCAAGUUACUUUCAUAAAAAGAUUCACUCGGAGAGAUAUGCAAAGCAGAGGGACGACGUGUCUAACGGAAACAGCUGGAUUGAGCUACAGGAAAGAGCAAGCCUACGGAGACGGACUGGUGAAAAAUUGGCCAAUCUGGAAGGGAAGCCGACAUCGGUGCAUAUUAAAACGACACAGCCUAGCGAUUUUAAAAGGAUUUCCAAAACAAUAGACAAAUACUCGCGAUUCUUCUUCCCGUUUAUAUUUACAUUGUUCAAUGUUAUUUACUGGCCUUAUUAUCUACAUGGAUAUUACAAUUGA